UCAAAUGAGGCGGCUCAGCAAACCUUGGACACACUUGAGCUGACAAACUGCCGCGACGAGCUCAAAGACCGAUUAGCAUGUCUCCGGUACAAUUAUCGCACUAUUAACGGCUCAUGCAACAAUUUGUGUAACAUAACUCAGGGAGCAACUGGAAGGCCACUACGACGUUUCCGUAAUCUCGGUGCGGAAUAUCAACAACCAAACGAUCAACCUCGAAGUAAAACAGUGAAUAACCAGCCCUUGCCAAAUCCAAGGCGAAUAAGCCGAGUUGUCUUUCGUAGCAAUAAUGGAGAUGUAAACGGCAUCAGACCGGAUUUCACUCACAUAACCAUGACCUGGGGACAAUUCUUAGAUCAUGACGUCACUCUGACAGAGCUGACACCAAAUGUGGAGUGCGGGGGCAACGAUGAACCGUGUGUAACCAACAACGAUGAUUGCAUUGGAAUUCCUUUGAAUGGCAAUAACGGUAACGAUAGAUUGGAAUUUAAUUUAACAGCACAGUGUAUACCCCUGAGAAGGUCCCUAAGAGUAGACUCGCAACAGGUAGGUCAUAGAGAAUAAGAACAAUCUUGCACCAUUAAUUAUAAAUGCAUGCCUGUAUUUAUAGCUUCACAGAAAAGCACUGCUCUGAAGAAUCGCUGGUAGUGAUUAAUCUCACAGUCGGCAUACUGUUGCUUUUGCAGCGUUAGACUGCAAACCCAAUAAAGGUGGCUCUUAUUAUUAUUAUUGUUAUUAUUAUUAUUAUUAUUAUUAUUAUUAUUAUUGUUGUUGUUACAAGUGAUACCGGUAAAAGUAAAUUGUAAUUACACCAGGGGGAGGGGGGGGGGGAGGUGUCUCCAAGGAAAUCUGUGGUACAGUCCGCUUGAAGGCCAUCGUAAAUUAUUCUAGACUGUGGACCGUUACUGUAAUGUAGGGGGAUUAAGAUAACGAUUAUGAAGAUGAUGAUGACGAGAACGAGAACGACGACGACGACGACGACGAUGAUGACGAUGAUGAUGAUCAUCAUCAUGGCAUCUUUGCUGUGUAGAAUCAAUUAUCAAGUUGUUAUGUGGCCUCUGAGGCGCCUUAAUUCGAGCAAGCGUAAUUCAAGGUCAUGAUUCUUUUAGCUUUUAUUUUCCUGAACUAUAAGCUUCAAAGCCUAAUGUGACAAACUGUUGAGUCUCUUGCAAUUUCAGCUUAAGUGCAAAAGACAAUUACAUUGUGUAUCCAUUUUAUGAACGACCAUCAUCAUCAACAACAUCGAUCAUCAUGGGUUCAUCUUUCUAUUAGGUAAAUGAGAUCACGUCUUACAUCGAUGCCUCACAAGUGUACGGAUCGGACGAAGCUUUGGCAUUGAGGCUUCGAGACACAAAAGCAAACCUAGGGUUCUUGGAUGUGAGUCCUUACAUCAACACUAAUGAUAGACCCAGGCUACCAGAUGCCGAAGCAGAAGCUUUCUGCAGAUCAACAGAUCGCAGUAGCAGACCGUGCUUUCUUGCUGGUGACAUAAGAGUGAACGAGAAUCACGGUAAACGCUUAAAUGUUUCUAAGUUUCAGAGACUAGUACUUAUUGCUGGCAAUCACUUAUAUUUAACUGAAGGGAACAAAUAUGAACAACAAAACUAAAUAAGAACAGUAUAUGUAUUCAAUCAGAGUUCAACUGAAGUGUUCUGAAUUUCCCGGUUUGUGUUUACUGUGCAUCAAAAGUGGAAAAGAAGCUCAAAAGCAACAUUAAUUUUGUGUAUCUCACACUUUUCGGUGAUCAAGCUGGACCCGCGCUGAUUCGGCCGGACUUGUAGCCCUCAGAGCUGUUAAUGAGCAUUAAUAUAAAGCUUGUGUAACUGACCUUUUCGCUGUUCCCCUCUUUUUAUUUAACAGCUUUGAUGGCGAUGCACUUGCUAUGGGUACGUGAGCACAAUCGUAUAGCAAAAGUAUUGCACGUGCUCAAUCCUCACUGGGAUGACGAGAGGCUAUAUCAAGAAGCACGUAAGAUUGUUGGGGCUGAGAUUCAACACAUAACUUACAAUGAGUGGCUUGUAGUUCUUUUCCCAAGUAGAGAGUUGGUAAGAAAUUGGUAAAAAUAUGUUUACGCCAGUUUUCUUUUCAAGACAAAAUCCUUUUCAGGAGAAAAAUAGAUAAGUAAUAAUUGCGGCUUGGUACACACAAAAACGUUAAUUAACACGCACACACGGACUCGCUCUGUACGCAGCCUUAAGGGAUUCGUAGCUAAACGUUAUGGCUGAUGGUAGCUGACCAAUCCACUUUUUGUUGUUGACAAAGCAACAGUCGGAAUUAGACAAUUUGUGGAUCUUUUCAUUUCCUUACAAUUAUAGAUGUUUUAUUUUUUCAAGUCAAAUGUUUACUUUCCUAGAAUGUUUACAAGUGUACCUACGGCUGUAAUUCAUACCACCUGCAAGCAUAAUUUUAAUGAACUCGGCACACAGUAGGAUAAUCGUUUCUCCCAAAGAGCUUUUUCCAAGUAUUUGCUCAUUGCGCAUGCUAUAAUUAUAAGUGAUUAUGAUCCAUUCAAAAUAUUUCGCCGUUUCUAAUUGGCUUUAAUCCUCUCGCUAAUUCUUUAUUCAGCGCUGACCAUAUAUGGCAGAUACUUUAAUAUACCAUCACAACCUCGUUUUCAGGUAGUUGUGGCCAGGUAAACCAUUAGGUUUUCAGUAUAGCUGACCACCAUUGUACCAAUUAGUUUCAGCUGUAGUUUUCGUUUAAAAUACAAGCGAAGAACGGUAAAGAGCGAAAAAAAAUAUAACAAAUUAAACAAUAACUGCAAAAUAAGAAAAAGAAAUAACUUCUACGAAAAAAGAAGGGUUCUUAAGAAGGUAGAAUAUAGUUUUGAAUGACUAAUAUUAAUAAAUACAAUUAUUGAAUUCGACUUUCGUAUGAAGAGUUAUGCAAAUCUCGCAGGCCGUUAUCACUCUCCUCGAUCUGCAUAAUUCGUCCGAGUCCAGCAUUCAAUAAUAGCUAAUUACGUUUUAUUUAUACUUCUGUUGCAGAGAAGACAAAAUGGUCUUUUGUUGGAGCGUAAAGGUAGUUUCUUCACCCAAUAUGAUCCUACAAUUGAUGCGGAAAUGUUCAACAGCUUCUCUACAGCCGCUUUCAGAAUGGGCCAUACUCUGAUUCGCGACACUUUCGCUCUUUUGAGCCCCAAUUUCAACCGUACAGCAUUUGACUCACCGAAUGAAUUAGACACGAGAGACUUCUUCAACCCAGAUCGAUUCUAUCAGCCAGGAGACAACGCAUAUGGAGGAAUUUUGCUGGGGCUGUUAAGGAAUUUUGCUCGAAAUUUUGAUGCGUAAGUUAAAAAUCCGUCAUGAAAUUAUAUGCUCUCGAACGACCUCUCAAGGGCCAGUUUUAUCUAGGCAGAGUCUCCUUCUUGAUCACUGAAAUCUUUAACCAGUUGACCAGUUUAACCAGUUGUUUUAGACCAGUUAAACCAGUUACCCUGGUAAUCCUGUGGAUAGUGAUAAUGGCUCUGGUACUUUACACAAGUCAUAUAUUAGCAUAAUUGGCUUACGGCACUAAAAUUCGAGAUUCAGAUUAGAUAGUUCUGACACGCUGUCAGGUUGCGAGAGUUCGGUAGGACUGACGCUCUGGGAAUAAUAGCCUAGCGCUCUCUGUCAUUGUACAAAUUCCGGAUCAGGCUUUUCUUAUGGUGGAACUCUGCGGGUUACAUGGCAGUAUGGAACUCCAGGUAGGUGUGGUAAAUAACCAGCUUAGGAGGGGUAACCCGCCUGUCCAUAUAAUUUUUCAUAUGGUCGCUUCACCUAUCACGUAAACCUUAUCAAAUGAAAAUGAGAGAAUAAAGGCGAGUUACCCCACGUAAUUAAGGUGGUUACCUCUCCUACCUGGGGUCCCCCACCUCCGUGUAAACAGGCCCUUUCACGAAUGCCGUUGUGCUAUUGCCGUGCCGAACUCAAUUCACUGAUGUAUUUUGACUAGGUUAAAACAAGUAGAAAACAUUUUAAAAGUUGAUUAAACCUUUUAUUAUUAUUAUUAUUAUUAUUAUUAUUAUUUUUAAGAACUUUUUAAAGACUGAGGAUUAGGAAUUUAGGAAUACGAGAUUUUAUUCUUUUUAACUUGUUUCUUUUUAGUAUCAGAGACGGAUGAUUCUUCUUUUGUAAUGACUCGAUUUAAAACUCUGGACCGCCUGCACGAGUUAUUUUAUGAUUAUUGUUAUUAUUUCUAUGCUUCGUUUUUGAAAACAGCUAUUUUAUUGAAACCAUGUCAUACUACAGUCGUACUAACAGUCGAGCUAGCUUAGCACGGCAUGCCGGCAGUAGAAAUACGUUUGAAACUGGACUGCUUUUGAGCAAAACAGACUACACCGUAUUAUUAAAGGUAAUAGCAUGAUUUGUUGUGAUAUUUGGCAUAAAUUCCACGAGUGAUAUUUCGAAAUUGUUUAACGUGAUUUGAGACAAUUUUGAAAUAUCAUGAGUGGUAUUUAUGUCAAUUAUCACGUACAAAUCAUGCCUAUCAUUUGUUUAUAGUACUACCCGCAAAGGUUUUGUAAUUUUCACAUGUAGGUAUAAUUCAAAUUAAGCUGAAAUAUGUACUACUGCACCAAGCCAAUCAAAUUGCAGAAACUUCUCAUGCAGUAGUAUAAUAUAUAUGUCAAGCCAAAAAAAAUAACCACUAUAAAAAUCGAAAUUAAGUUUCCUUUUUUAAUCGAAAGGAAUUGUAAAUAGUGCUUUGACUGAAAAGUUGUUUAUUAGUAAGCGAAAUAAACUGUAAAUCGGAUUUUAUAGUUAGCUUUGUUAUCAAUAAAGUUUUUUCCAUUUAUUAUUUUUAAAAACCGUUAUUACAAUAAAUAUAUAUAUGUAUAUUUUUUGAUGUGGUAUAAUUUUUUUUCAGAAACUUUGUUCCAGCUGUACGAGAACGGCUCAUCAUUGAAGGACCAAAUUUUGAUGGCAUCGUUGGUGAUCUAGCAGCAGUAAAUAUUCAGCGCGGAAGAGAUCAUGGCUUACCAGCUUACGUCAAAUUCCGAGAAGCGUGCGGAGGGAACCCAGCAUAUAGCUUUGCUGAUAUUGCUGAUACUGUUACUGACACUCAAAUAGCAAGACUGACGAACGUUUAUGGCACUAACGGGGUGCACGACAUCGAUUUGUUUGCGGGUGGUAUAAGUGAGCGACCCCAACCUGGUAGUGUACUUGGUUUUACCUUCACCUGUAUUAUGACCGAGCAAUUCAGAAAUUCACGUGUUGGCGACCGCUUUUGGUACGAGAGAGAUGAUCAUCAGACGGGUUUUACCAUCGAACAACUUGACCAAAUACGACACACUUCUCUUGCCAAAGUUAUCUGUGAUAAUACCGAUGAUGUUCGUCGAAUACAUCCGUGGGUCUUCUUACACAGAGACGCAGCACAAGCCCAAGGAAUCAAUAAUAAUGCAGUAUUCUGUGAUGAUCUGCCGUUUGCCGACUUGACUGUUUUUAAAGAUGGUGAGUAUACUAUUCAUCAACUGUCAGUGAGAGUCUUUAAAGACAUUGUUGUACACAUAGUGAAGAUUAUGUGAUGAGGUUUAUUAUCAUGAAUUCUAUCAAGCUGUUCCAGACAUAUACGGAAAAGCGUUAAAGGUCAAAAUUUAGAAUUAGGUUACACUUAGACAGGUAGUGAGAAAACAGCCAGUUAGUUAAACAGUCAAAUUUGUUUCUAGUAUCACAAUGACAUGGGUAAGUAGCAUUGUGACGCAACUUUAAAGUAUUUUAAGUUAUUUGGACAUUGUUUAUUACCUCGUUUAUUACCGUUACCAAAAAUAUAAGAUUUGAAAUUUAUUUACAAUUUUUUCAAAUUGAAACAUACAAUUUUUUAAAAACAAUUAUAUAGCUGUUAGUUAAAAUCCAAUAUUGUCACUGAGCAAAGCUAUUAUCCUUUAAUUUGUACGAACUGUUCAAUUAAUGAUUAAUUUGGAUAGUUUCAGAUAGGGCUUUCCUUUACAAACAGGCAAACUGUCCAAUUUGAGAAAAAUAAGACAGCUAGUCUGAGCCAAUCAAAUGCCAGAAAAUACAAUAGGCAAUGCAAAUUAGCCAAUCAGCGCAAAGUCCCUGUGACUAACGCGACAAAAAAAAGUUUCUUUGGCUGACGGCGGUUCGUCGGUGAACACUCUUGGCUUCUUGUUGCUGUGAAUGACGUUUUGUCUUGGCUUCUUGUCUGGGCCAUUUAAAAGGAAAAUGUAUGACCAAACUGAUAAAAGUUUGUAUCGGAAACAAUUAACGCACAGAUUCUUGAAAAUGUACAAGCACUGAAACUUUGGACAAGAAUAAGAAAACACUUAUACCUGUGUUUAGAUGUUGGCAUUACAUGCAAAAACAAACGGACACGGUCUGCGGAAAUCGUUUGAGGUAAUGAAUGAAAUGUUUAUUUUUCAUUCAUUGUAUUUAAAUUAAGCAUUUGCGUUGUUGCUUUGUUUUCUUUGUAACCGAAAUUGCUGUUUCACCUGUAGCACUGUAUCAGCAUUCAGAUCAUUGAAGAUGGAGCUUUCAAAGUUUUAAUUGGUAACAAAAUGCCAAAGUAUGAAAGAGCAAUUAUAAUAGUUCUACGUUUGUUUAUCUGUAAAGAAUCACUGAGUGACCCAUAAAAACAAUUUUUUUUUAGAUCUUGCAGUGUGUUUUUGUUUCAACUACAAUCGGUUCGAAUGUACAAUAUUUUGCGUCUGUGACACGCUAAAAAAUCUGGAUUAACUAACCAGCUAUAUAAUUAAUAAGUAAGGGACGGACCAUUAGAAAUGUUAUGGGGGGGGAAUUUUCGGUCCGCAGGAAUUUUUUUUCGUUAUCAAAUUCCUUGUAUGAAUUUUUUUCAGGCCGUUGCAUGAAUAUUUUUUAGGGUUAAUUGGCGUGCAUGAAUUUUUUUUCUUUUAAUUUUCCCUUGCGCGAAUAUUUUUUUUGUACUUCGUCCGCCCCCCCAAUAAGUUUUCUAAUUGUCCGUCCCUAAGAGGACUACAUGCUUGUCCAAUUUGGAAAUAAUUGAAUUCAAAAAAUUCCUCUGGCAGCCAAAUUGGACGAGGCCUGUUGGAUGAGGCGGUAGGCCUCGUCCAAUUUGGCUGUCCUCGGAAUUUUUUUCAUACAAUUAUUUCCAAAUUGGACAGCAUGUAUUCCUAUUACAUAUGCUAAUAAUUUGGGGUGAUUUUUUUGCAGGCAGAGCAUUAAAACGUAAAAAAAUUGACCCAACCUUUUCAAUUUUCAAUCCAUGUCUAUCUAUACAUCGGACAAACCUUUCCUAACGAUAAAGACAGGUUUACGUGUACCAUGCAUUACCCAAAACGGCUCUUCAAAGAGUAUUAUGGUAUUUUUUCACAGUGGUGGUCUUAUGGGCGAACCACGACGGUAUUAACAUCACUGCGAAAGCAUAUAUAGGGUCGUUCUCUGUAUGGUUACAUUGAAAACUUAACUAGCCCUUAUCUAAAAAAUAAUCACUAUAAGUUAAAAAACCUAACCUAUUUUUGGAAGAGUGAACUUAUUAAUAUACUGUGGCUUUUUUGCAGAAUCUGGCGUGGAGUCCGCCGAGUCUAACGAUAGUGCGGGAAGUGAAGCUAGUGCGUCCAUCGGAGCUUAAAUCAAUUCUUUAUUCCUUUUAUUUACGCUUUUUUGUCGUUUAAAAAUGGCAUAAUCGCCAUCUAAAAGAUGUCAGUACUACCGGGUAUACGAUAGAGCACUGUGCCUAAAUAAAGCUUACUUAAUAUUUUUCACGAUUUGGCCACUCAAUGAAAAACUAGCAUGUGAGGCUAAAAUUUUGCGAGUGGAAAUGUUCGUAUUCACUAUUCGAGGUAAUCAUGAGUUGAAGAUCCAAUAUCUCUGGUCAAUUUAAGCUCGUGUUAAACACAGUUUUGAAAGUUUUAAAUAAUUCUUCUACCUCAGCUAAGUAUAAGAAAAGAAAGGAAAAAAUAAUCAAAGCUCCUUCAGGUGUUUAUCAGUCUCACAUUUGCACUAAAAGUAUAAUAUAGGAUAUUAAGCACAGGGUUGUUCAAAAAUGGCCCACUAUUCAGUACCAUUGCAUACUAGUCUUGAUCAGUGAUUCUUACUUAAUUCCUGUCUGACAAAGGUACAAAAUGUCAUUUACAAUAUGACUUAAGACGGAAUCCAUCAGGAAAUUGAGUAAUUUUAAUUUUCAGUGGACAAAAACCUAAUGUACCAGAAUAAUUUAAACAAUAUCGCAUUCUUUUUUAAGGGCUAUAGAUACAAGUAGUUAUCUGUAAUAACACCAAAGACUAUUUCUAAUGGGAGCUCGAGAAAAUAAAUGUCAAAUUUCACAAGAACUGUGAAAACACAGGUAAAUUUCAUGUGUAAGAUGUCAUUUUGUGAAAUUUGACAUCCGUCUUCUCGGGCUCCCAUGAGAAAUUUUCUUUGGUGUUAUUACAGAUAACUAGUUGCAUCUAUUGUUGGUUUUCACAUGACGUUACUAAAAUUCAAACUACAAAACUAUCGAUCCUACUGAGAUUUUACUUUCAUGGUGAUUAGAGCAGCUGAAAACUAAUUUUCAAACAAAUUUUCGCCUCAAAAGGGUUCUUCGUUUUUUAAUAGAGCACUCUUGAAUUUCUAAGCUUUUGCGUGACGCAGCAUUUACAUGAAGGCCGAGAGAGCUGUCAUUUAGGUUAAAAAAGUGACUUUUUUCGCGGAAUUUUGCUAUCUAAACAGUUCAAGUGUUAUAACAAGUAUUACUUUAAUGUUUAUGAGUUCCUCGAGGAGUAAAUUCAGGCUUUUGUAGCAAAACUCGAUAACAGAUGUUUAUGUUGGUUUCCGUCCGCCAUUGUUGGUGCUCAUCCAGAUGAGCUCCAGCAAUAGCCCUUGAAAAAUGUAAAAAAGAAUGCGAUAUUGUUUAAAUUAUUCUGGUACAAGGUUUUUGUCCAUUUAAUUAAUUAAAAUUACUCAAUUUCCUGAUGGAUUCCGUCUUAAAUUUUUUUGUUAUUAUUUAGAGUUAUUGGAAGGUAAAAAUUAAAAAAAUGUACUGUCUCGACAACACCAUAGGCAGGUCACAAAAGAAAUAAUCUAAAAACAAAACCUUUGCGUGUAACUAUAGUGUGUCUGUUACUUAGUUAUUAUAAGGAACUUGAGCAACAAUGCCUGGUCCCAUGCAAGGGAAACCAAGACAGUCUUGAAGUCUGGAUUUCGCCCCAUGGAUUGCGGAUUUCAGGUACUGGAUUCCAGUCCUUUUCAGUGGAACUUGGAUUCUGGAUUCCAAUCUUUAGUGGGAUUCCGGAAUUUUUUUUUGUUUAUUUUUUUUGUGUGUGUGUUUUUUUUUGCUGUAUUUCGGAUUCCAAAGACCGGAUUUCUGGAUCCCGGAGUCCCUUACUUUGGGCGAGAUAACAGCGACGGUGGGGGAAGUUAAAAUAGCAACAGGUGCAUUAACCAAAAAGACACACCUCCGCACCUGCAUCAACCCUUUUUGUACACCUCUUUGUCGUCACUAAAACGACCAAGACGUAACUUUUACUAAAAGGGCCUGAACACUCGAUGACAAACUUUUACCUAUUUAAAUUUUUUCUGAGUUAAACGCUAUAUAUUUAGCGCGGAAUUCAAAUGGUUUGAAGAAAAUUUCCUUUGCUUAAAACCCAAUUGCAUCGCUGAAAUUUUGCACAUUGUAAUGUUUCCUAAUGAUCUUUGUAUAUACAAAAAGGAAAAAAUCGUAUUUGGGGAAGUGUGCGUUUUCCCUGAUAAGUUAGACUGCGAGCAGCCUCUCUUUUCCUUCAGAUUUAGUAAGGGGAGUGCACGCGCGCGCGAGCGUUGGACGGCGAAGCCGCGAGACGCGAGAAGCGAGGGCGGCAGCCCGAGAAGAAAAAAGAGUUUCUUUUGUCGUACCUCUCCCGUCUCACGCCUUCAGUCACGCGCGUGGUCAUUUACGUGUCUCAGGCGUUUUCCUCGACGGACCAAGAAAAAAGAGAGGCUGCUCGUACUCUACUGAUAAGUGUCUGAAGAACAAUAUUAUACCUUCCUUUUGUCAUAAUUUUGACAGGUUUAAAAGUAAUAUCCGGACAAGUUAUGUAACCCUGUGUCUUUUUUUGCUCCACACGCGUGUGAGCACGUCAUCAAAUCCGUAACAUUUUUUAAUUAUUUCUUCUAUGAUUUUACUCUAAAGGUUUUUUUUUCUUUUCCUUGAAUAUAAAUAAUUUGAGAUAGAAGAAAAACGAGGAGGAGAAGAAGAGAAAUUCAAGGCUCCUGCCGUCUUUGAACUAGAAGAGUCUGUGAGGGAGAACAGUACACGCGUGCAGGCCGAAGCAAUUUAAAGCAUCAAUCGCUCGAGGACUCUGAACAGUUGACCAAAAAAUUGAAAAAAUAAUAACAAAAAAUAAUUCCAGCCUCAUCAUAAAAGCAAACUUUAAUGAGUCAUUCGAAGCUGCCUUAAUUCAAAAAUUCCUGUACCAGUGUUACGACGCCGUGCUGCGCUAAAAAUCCAUUUUGCCGGGAUAUUCCUCUGUAAAGCCAAAAUCGUAUUACAGAACAUUUCCACUAUUCCAGUCGACAGACUACGUUUCUCCUUGAAGAUGGAACGGUGAUCAAGAAAAAUGCUAAUGGAGAUGUCUAAAUAUUCCAAAUCACUGACCGUGCUAGCUUGUGUUGGCGUGACAAAUUUGCCGCGAAAUUAGCGGAAUGAAGUGAACGCCGGGGAGUGAAACAUGUCAUUACGUCUCUGCGGAUUUGUCCCUUCAAUUCCCUCUACGCAGCGAAUUUUCUUUUUUCGGCUGCCUUUUACUGUUACAGCAGCGGCAGUAGCUGUUGUGGAUUACACUUCACCAGCGCACGUGGGUCACUAAAACCUCACUCACAUUAAAAAUGACAGCGGCAUACAGCCGCAAAAGGUGUUAAAUACUAACUUACAAUCCUAGUUUUAGCAAAAAGACGCAUAAUUACAAGAAGUAAAAGACUGAGAAGGUCUAACAACAACCACUGUUUUCGGAUCGACAGAAGAAUCUAAGAUGGCGGACGAUCAUUGAAAAGCUGUAGAGCUACGUUCCCUGCAUACGAUUCUCGUGGAUUUUGCGUCGCAUGUAGAACAAUAGUUAAAUUUUAUAUAGAUGAAGUAAAAGACAAUGUUUUAAUAUUUUUGAUUUACUAACUUUUUUCGAUUUCUACCCAAUCACAGAGUCGGAUUUUAAUUAAUUAAUUGGAAACAGACAACCAACGUUUCCUAAAAGAACAAUGAUAUUGGGCAGGCGUAUUUUUUUCUCCCCUCCCCCUUCCCCUUUCCUUCUUUCGCCCUCGCACCUACCCUAAGGGUUACUAUUUCUACUCUCGCCAAUCUUCCUCUGUCAUAAAAUCAAAGAUGGCGGCUACAACAAUACGAAUAUGAACAAACUUUUGCCCACCCAAAAUACGCUUGCACUGCAGGCUACUAUCGUUCUUACGCGGAGCGAUACUUAAUAACAACGGUGCAUUAUUACGAAGUCGCUAUAUAAAAAGCCAUUCUUGAUUCAAAUCAAACCAAACUGAUCAGACAGAUGGAUUUAUUUUACGAACAAGAAAGGCGCUAUAGCUGACUUAACUAUUCCGUUGGAUUGGUUUCAUGCUGACGUAGACCAAAGGAUUCUUGAUUUGGCAGAUGCAUUCCUAAUUGAAAGGUUUAAUUCUUUAACAGAUCACAUUCCACAGAUCACGAUAACAGCUCACUGAUUUUUGACGGUUAACAAGCUGGACAGGGAUUAAAGCUAGGAGACACUUGGGGUUAGUCUAUAGCACGGUUAUGGCGCGCCGUUUGUUUCAAAAUUAUUUUUGUCAGUUGUACCAUUACAUCGUCUUUUUCGUUAAAUUUUCGUUCUUUUAUUUGGUAUCAUUUGCUGUUUCUUUUUUAUGAGUCUCCUCUUGACUUUCGGCAUUCAUAGAGAUACUGUGGUAUAAACAUAUUCUCUGUCAGUUGUAUGCAUCACUCUGUCGGUUGUACCUACACGGACUACAAAUUGUCGGUUAUAGACCUUCAUUGCGUCGGUUGAAAUAUUUACUGUAAAUAUUUACAACUAACAGCAACAGAGGAAUGCGUACAACCGACAGAAUGAAGGUUUAUAACCGACAAUUUGUAGCCCGUACAGCUACAACCGAUAGAGUGAUGCGUACAACUGACAGAGAAUAUGUUUGUACCACAGUAUCUCUAUGAAUGCCGAAAAUCAAAAAUUUAACGAAAAAGACAGUGAAAUGGUACAACUGACAAAAGUAAUUUUGAAACAAACGGCGCGCCAUACACGGUGACCUGUAUUCGGACCUGUGGAGUGUGACCUGUAAGAAGUAAAAAAAAUAUUGAAGGUCGUUGUUCGCACGUCAGUACAUAAUCACUAUUUCCGAUCGCCUAACGUAUUUUACCUCCUGUAUUGAUUCCAAUUUCUUGCGCCUGAAAGGAUGACGUGCAAAAAUUCGUGUGUUUCGUAGAUCACAAGCUGAUGACCAUAUGCUAGGCCACAUUAUUUUUUACGCCUUUACACUUAUGUAUAAAUAUGAUAUAUACAGUACAAUAAUACAGUUCAGUAUUAUCUUUUUGUACAUAAACGGAAUUUUUACAAAUCUCUAACGUCACAAUAAUUAUGCCGCUGACAAUUGUCAAUGGUGCGUGAAAACGUUAUCCGGAUUAUAAACCGGGUAAAAAACGGCGAAAAUAUUCGCCUGUAUUGGCCAUGACCGGAAAAAAGUAAUAAUGACAUCACUUACCGCUUUACAGUGUGUCAGCUAAACGAUAAGUUACCUGUUGGCAUAUUAAAGAAAUAAUCACAACUAAAUUAUCUGAAUAUUUACAACUGAUUCAAAAAUUAGAGAAAAUUUGAAUUUGAACCUUUUCAAAAAAAAAAAACUAAACAAAACAAACAAAAAACAGAAAACGACAACCACUCAUGUAAUCUGACUUUCGCAGCCGCUUAGGCUCGAUUCACGCAAUGCACCCACCCCCUCCCCUCCAAAAAAAAAAAAUCCUGCUUGCUGAGUAAACAUGAUUCAUGCUGACUAAAUUCUUGCUGGAUUUUGUGGAUUUUUUCUUCCUUACUAUUUUUUUUGUUCGCUCGGAGAGAUAGAAAAUGGAAUUUUUUCAAUUUAUUUGUUCAAAUUCAAUUCUGGUCAAAAUUAAAGAAACAUUAAAUUCUUCUUUUUCACCUUUUACUACUGAACAGUUUUCUUGUAUUAUUUUUUUUCUUUUUCUUUUUGUUUUUCUUUUUUUCUUUCUUUGUUGAUCUAUUUAUUCAUUUUUUUUGGUCAAUACAAUCUUCGCUUACCGGAACUUAGCCUUAAAGGGGAAUGUUAGGAUCUCGCCGGAGAAUUUUAUAUGUGACUGGUAGAGCACAGAUCUAGGGUGGCGAAGGCCGAAGGCGUGGUGGGAGGGGUUGGCUUUUCUGAGUUUUUUCCCAAACGAUAAAACAGCAGCACCUGAAGUUUUCAAUGGCUGUUCGUUUGUCCCUCUCACACUUUUUGGGACAAGUUUAGUAAUGUCCAGUUACUAUGCCUACGAGAUAUGACAUCAUAAAUAGCAGAUGAUCAAGUCAUUUUUGAGUGAAAAUGCAUGUUUUCUGAACUUCUUUCGACAACAAAAGUAAAGAUUGUGGAUGAAAUGAUGCAAAGUGCUUAUUUAUGCGUUAUUUUAUAUGUCAAGCACAAAAAAAUUACCAUUUCUUACGAUCUUCACAUGAUUUCUAAUUCUUGGUAAAAUCCAAGAUGGCGACUAUUGCUGGUGACGUCACUGGCCUCCAGUAGCAGCACCACCCAUAAAAUAUACCUCAUCUUGUUGAGAAGGUGAAAGGCUUUCCACUAAAGGCGAAAUCGUUUACAUACUACAACAUACCAAAAACUCUAGGAAGGGUUUCCAUCAACCCCCCUUGUACCACGAUGGGGGUAUAAAUUUGCGUGUACGUCCCAGGGUUAAAAAUAUCAGGCAGUAAAUUGGAACCAGCAAAAAAUAGCUGUAAGCCGAUAUCUUAAUGUAAUAACGUCAUCAAUGAUCAGAAAAAGUUUUGCAGGGCAUUCAAAUACACUUUUUUUUUUUUUUUAUCAAAGGGAUCACAUCAAAUAUUGGAAUCAGAUAUCAGCUCUUCCUAGGGCCGGUAUCACGGCAGAAGAUAUACGGCUCAUUCGCUCAUUCACUGUGUUUCCCUGUUAUUUAUCACUUUUUAGGCAGUUAUAAGUACAACUGUGAAUUGUCUUAGAUGAGUUUAUUUGUUAUUAACUAUCUACGAGAAACGUUUUAAAGGUUAAAUUUCAUCUACUUGAUAAUUGCGAAAUCGCCUGGUAAUUAUUAUCAUUGCUGAAUUGAAUCACGGAUGACGAUAAUCCGGUGGCUUACAAAUUAAAAAAAGAGACAGAACAACACAAAGCAAACAAACAAACAAACAAACGUGCUGUCACAAUUUAGAUCGUCCAUUAUCGAUGAAAAUGAAGUUGUUGUUUUGAAUUUUAAUUGAUGAGGAGCUUAACAAUUUAACCUCCGGUACAAAAAGUUAAGGUGACCCUGAUUUAGGCCGAGUCAUCUUUAGUGAGCGUUUGUAUAAAAAAAACGUUCACACUUUUGCCUGACCCGACAGCGCGCGCGCAUGCCGCUGAUUGUAAAACAGCGCUCAAGCAUGCUUUCAGUUGUUUCGCUUCGACCUAGUUGAUCCGGCAGCAGGGCGACUUAUGUAUGUUUCCAUGGGGAUAAGUUGGCCCGGCUAGGAGGGUUAUCUUAUAUUAUCUCUUUAAAUUCCGUCGUUUAUUCAGGGCCGGCGUCAGUAUUACGUUUUUGGUUAAAAAUAAAUAAAUAAAUAAAUAUUGAACUAACAUAUUGCCCCUCGCGUGAGGCCCCUUUGAGGUUCCAUUACUGAGAACAAUGUGUGAUGAAGAGUGUCUUUAUCAGUCGUUGUAUCGGCUUUCAUUAUUAAACAUUUAAUAUUGCGGACUUUGUUUGAGGUAAUGAGCCAAAAAGCAGCAUAAAAAGAGCCUGCAUCAACGUAGCCAUCUGAAUCAUAGAAAGCAGUCGUUCCGUUACUGAUCCAUAUCAGUAACAGUUUUUGGCAAGUUUUUUUCUGUCAUCAUUCAGCGACUUUUUUUACUCAACAAGUCUUCGGAUACAAGAAACAGGUAACUUGCAACUGCAAAACAAACAAACAAACAAAAAAUAAGGUUUUAACUUUGAACAUCAUGCAAUGAUUAUCAGAUAUAUCAUUUUUCUUAUUUAGGGAGCGUGUUUUGUUUAAAAUGUUUAAGAUGUUAUUUAUUUCACAAGAAUAUCACAAAAUUUAUAGCCUGCGUGGCAGGGGUUUGAAAGGGAAGGGAAAGGGAGUUUUAGGUGCGACGCAGGCUACAAAAUUUAUGUCUGUAUGAACAUCCCAAAAAGUAGAAUUUUUUAAAAUUUAUUUUAAUUCAAAAUUAGUUUAUCUUAAAAGGGUCGAACGAGUUUGUUAUCUCAGUCUUACAAAGUUAGAUUGAAUAAUAAUCAAACCACUAUUCCCGUUAUUGCAGGUCGAUAGCGCAGGCCUUGAAAAAAGGAUGUGUUCCUCAAGGUAAUUAUAUUUACGUAGAAAUUUUCAUUAAAAAAACUAAUAACUUGUGAAAACAAGAAAAUAAGAUAAUCCGCAAUAAGAAAAGCUGCACCAUGCCGGUUAGCGCUGACAAAACGAGGUGAUUUUUUUCUCUUUACCUGAACGGACUCAAACAAGCCUUUUUACUAAGUGGCAACCACGACUGAAGUUUUGCUACCUGUGAUUUUUAUAUUUCGUGUCACGAAUAUCGAGAGCAUGCAUGAAUUAAGUUUAACUAACAAGUCGGCCAAUGAGACUGUUAUCUUUUCUUCAAAGCUUGGAUGGUUCGUGGAAACACUUCAAAACUGUUUUGAACUUUGAUUGUAUGGCGAAGCAUUAAACCGUUUGAGAGGCGUUUGUUUCUGUUAAGCAUUGAGGGGAAAGAAAGGAGGAGUGUGACGUCAGGUUACCAUGGUGGCAACAUCCUUUCAUUUCAACGGCCUUUUCGGAUAGAGCCGGCCAUUUGCAUUGUCAAAGGAUAGACGAAAAGUAUGGUCUACCAAUUUGACCCUGAAUGCAAUCAUGCACAGAAAAGUCAUAAUAAAUGUUACGUUUUCGAUUAAGAGAUCCAGAAAUUUUGCUACCAUGGGAACAUGCAUAACGUUACGACUUCUCUCUAUUAAAGUCACUUUGGUUGAAAUAGUGCCAUUUCAAGCCAGUAAUGGCGGUCAAUCAAACUUCUCAACUUCAUGCAUCAUUUUUGCCAUUAUUACUAUUUUUACUAUAAUUGUCAUUACUAUUCUUCUUCUUUAACUUUAAUAUUAUUAUCAUCAUAAUCAUAACUAUAACAAAAUUGUUAAAUCUGAUUGGCUCUCAACUGCCCUGAUUGCAGCCUUAAUUGGACAGUUUAAUAGGACAGUGCGCGUCAUGCCUAAGUAAUUGGACAGUACGCGCCAUCACGCGCGCGCUUUCACUGCUAGCCAAAAAAAAAUUCGAAUUUCUUGUGUUUUGGUUUAAAAAAUAGCCUAUGGUAUCCCAAAUUUUGUUAAAGUUAUGAUUAAUUGGUAACAGAACUUCGUGUCGUCCAAUUCAGUCUGUAAUCAUACUCGUGAUUAAACAAAUCGGACUCCCGCUACGCGGUCGUCCGAUUGGGUUAAUCACUCGUAUGAGUAGUAAUGGUAACAGGACUGAGUGGAGUCCAAUUCGGUCAGUAAUCAUACGAGUGAUUACCAAAAUUUCGAAUUAUAAUGCAUUUCUAGCAUUCUGAUUGGUUCACUCAAUCUCUAAUAUAAGUUAUCCUAGGUGACCGGACAGAUACAAAUUUUAUAGCGCCGCGUUAGAAUGCAUUUCUAAAGAUCUAAAAGUACUCUGGGUAACCUAAAAGGUGUUUUCAGUGUAUUUAGAAGAAACAUUCGUUGGGUGCCCCUGACUAAAUGACCGGCAGUCUUAUAUUCUCGGUAAAUUUCCCCAAAUCGAAAAAUUCCAGCUAACCUAAACUCUUCUAUGUCGAUUAAGAAAAGUCAAGCGAUCCUGAAAUGUUUCAUAGAUCUCAAGAAUAGCGUUUGGCUUACGAUGGGCUCAGAAGACGAAAGAGAGAAUAUAGGGACUGCCGGUCAUUUAAUGUUUUCAACACCUUGACCGGCUGUCAAGCUAAAAACAGUUUUAAGUGUCACAAAACAUGGUUUCGCUUUCUGAGACCAGCGUAAACCAAACGCUAUUUUUGCUCAGAGAUCUAUAAAGCAUUUCAGGAUCGCUUGACUUUUCUUAAUCGACAUAUGAUAGUCUGGUUUAGCUGGAUUUUUUCGAUUUGUGAAAUGUACUGAGAAUACAGGACUGCGGGUCAUUUGGUGUUUUGAAAACCUUGACCGAUUACUGGCCACAUAUCCACAGCGUUUCUGUAUUACUGUAUUUUGAUUUUUUUCGUAAUUUUUUCCCCAUUCCUGAUAUGUUUCGCUGGCUCGCACUGUGCUCGUCUCCUAAAUUAGUCGUUUUUAUUGUAAAAACGAAAACGUUUGAACCAUGUUAGUUUAUACCAUUAAAGCCUGGAUUCGUUCCUUUCAACACCUAUACUGUAUUCAAUGAAUUGAAAAAAGAUAAACGGACAUAACGACCAGAAGGCCUCUACUGAAAAAAAAAAGGAAAUCUGAACCUACCUUCUUUCGUUUUCAGAUUUCUUUUGGGUAUUAUUCUGAUUAUUGCCACUUUUGAAUUGCGCCAAGCAGCGUCCUCUGCUAUGUCCGCUAAACAAACGUUGGACGCAUUUAAGCUAACAGAUGGCUGCGACGCCCUCAAGGACCGGCUGCGAUGUUUCCAGCAAAAAUAUCGCACAAUUGAUGGAACAUGCAACAAUCUGUGUCGCAUUAAGCAAGGGGCUGCUUUCACUCCGCUGCGGCGUUUUCUUCCUAGUGAGUACGCACCUGGAGAGCAACCUCGCAACGAAUCAGUAACAGGCCAUCCCCUUCCUAAUACAAGGCGAGUAAGUGUGGCGAUAUUUGAAGGUUCCGUUGGCAAUGAAGUUGGCCUACCAAAUUUUACUCACAUGACGAUGACCUGGGGUCAAUUCAUAGAUCAUGACAUCACCCUGACAGAGCUGACACCAAAUGUAGAGUGCGGAAAUAACACAACACCGUGUGUUAACCAGGAAGGAUGCAUUGUAAUCUCACUAGAUGAACUUAAUAGUUUCGAGAGAUUGAGAUUUAACGCGAGCGCAAAUUGUAUUCCUCUCAGAAGGUCUUUCAGAAGAAAAGGUGAUCAGGUAAGUAAAAUUAUGGACUUCAGUAAGAACAGUAGCUAAAGUAGUAGCUGAUCAAUGCAUGACUUCAGGUGUUUCAAAGGUGUUGGUCAAUUUUAUUCUUUUAAGUGGCUCUCUCCCUAAAAGCGGUCCACUCGGAAAGUAUGUCCACUCCGACACAUUUUUGCAAGAAAUCCAGUUUGCAGGCUAUGUGGUGGUUCUCAGCCGAAGUUAUGCCUUUUCGUUGAUUUUCUAUGAUAGAUUUUAGUCCAAACCAAUGGGAUUCCAAUAGUACUUAACGGGCUUCAAAACCGAUCCACUAGUAUUUUUGUCUUGGACAAAAAUUACAAUUGACUCAAAGGUGCACUGUCAUCAAAAUCUGUUCUCCAAUCGAAAAACUGCUCAGUUCAAAAUGUCACAUGAUCACGUGCUCCAAACGUGAUCGCCUACAAAACUCUGUGACAUUUCCACAAUCAAAUCAUAGCGUGAUUUGUCACGUAAUGAUAUGGUCACGUGGCUACGUAACUUUUCUCGGCUAGCCAAAAUCUUUGUGAUAAACUAAAUAACUGAAAAAAUACCCUAAUUUAAUGAGUUCUUCCACCUUAAAUUGCACAAAAUGCGUAUAACACCGAGGAAAAUGUAUUGGCAAUGAGUCAUUUUUUACAGUAUUUAUUUCUUUUUUUUAAAGUACCACUGAGCUUUAACCCUUCCUUUAUAACGUUUUCAAAAAUCACGCAACCAGUGGGCCAACGAGGUAUAAGACUAUCUUUAGGUGCAUUUUUUUGAAGCCUCUUCUACCCGUUCUUUUCAAACCGCUUUGUCGUAAUUAGCAUUUUGGCCUCUUAUAUCUAAUGGUGGAUUUUUAAAGUUCAAAUCAUGAGGCAUAAGGGAUUAGAGGGUAGACCCACCAACCCUUUUGCCCCCACCCGCCAGUUCGCAAAAUUGUAAUUGGCAAAAAAGUAAUUUUUAGAGCGAAAUUCUAUUUCUUUUUUUCAAGUUUGUUGCCUAUAGAAGUGAAAUCGCAUGUGCAACAGUUAUGAUUAGGAACCUGGUGGGGUGUGGGAGGGGGUUAGGUCGGUGGGUAUCUAUUUAAUGGUCUCUAAUCCCUUAUGCUGUCAACUCAGAAUGUACCAUUGAGGCCAAAAUAGUUGGUACGACAUAAAUGUUUUCAAAGAACGGAUAAAAUAGUCUUUUAAAAAUGCACCUACAAAGAAUCGGUCCGUUUGCAUGUAGAGUAUUUUAAUGACUCUUGCACGUUGACAUUCCGAUUACGUAAUUUUGCCGGGCGUUCUAAAGGACAGACCAGGCCGGGUGUUUUCAGGUGAUCGGGGCUCAAUUUUAUUCAGCUUUACGGAAUUUUACUGCCGUAAUAUGAAUAUAACUACCUUGUUUUUCUAAGUGUUUGGUAUUGAGACACGAGUUUUUGUACAGUUUUUAAUGUAAAUACAUGUAUGUUGACACAGUGAUCAAAAUACUGAUGUCUCACCUAAAGUUUGCCAGGGCUGGCAAAAGAGGGAACUGAUUAGGCUCGUGACCGACUUGCAGUUAACCGAAAGUUAUCCACUUUUUCUGAUUGUGUUGUUUCGCAGAAAACAGUCUAAUCAUCCCGAUUUUGUGGGGAUUGCACCAAUAUUACAUGAUGAAGCGAAUAUGAGGUAACUGUUCUUCCAGUUCAAGUGACAAAUAUCGAAAAAUAUAUUUCAGUGAAGGAGCCCAUUGAUCUGAUGGGCCAUCAAGCUCAAGAGCUAGAAAAUUUUUAAAAUUUUUAAGGAAAUAUUCUUGUAGCCCUGAUCGGGGUUUUGAUGUUUUGACAAGGGGCCGCUUUGGUACAUACAUCCUUACAGUUAGUCCUCUUACAGAGUUCAUUGCCGCUGUCCUCAAGUCUUUGAAAUCCUUUUAGAGGCCGGAGACCAAUGCAAGUGUCAAAAGAGGCAAUUUCAUGGAACUUUGAACCUGUGAAAUCGUGAUAUCUGACGCAGCCAAUAAACUUAUGCAAAUACGCACAAUGGCAGAUAACAAGCUACUGUUGGUCACAAUCCCAGAAGAUACCCGCAAGUCUGAGCCUAUUUAUAAACCCAAAAAAAAAGCUUAAAACUUUACUGUGAUAUGAUUUUUUUUUACCAGAUUUAGGUCGCAACAUUUCAGGGUUUGGAUUAAGCCUGCAAAAUAGGACGACUGAACCACUGUAACUUUAAAAUAUUUUUAUUUACCCUGUGAACUAUCGAAGGUUAACUAAAGUUAUUAUUCAUUCAAAAUAUUUCCCCAAUUCUCAUUGGCUAAAAGCACACGCAUAAUUCACCAUAACCAGUUGCUGAUGACCAAAUUUGGAAGAAUAUUGUGUUUAACGAUGAAAUGACGUCAGAAAUGCAGCCCGCUACAGGUUAAGGCACCGUUAACCGAGAAGACCUAGGAACGAACAUCGAGGCUGCUAUUGCAGGAAAAAGCUCGCGUGAAUCAUUUUCGAAGAACAGUUCCCAGUGCCGAGAUAUACUGCUGCAAGUAAAAUAGGUAAUAGCGUCAUUUCGUUGCUAUGACAACUCCGAUGCCGUUGCAACCCUGAUCAUAACAAAUUUUCAUCUUUAUCUAAUACAACUGUGGUGGCCAUUUUUCCAAAACUUUGUUUAUGGCGACGCAGUUUAUGCUCAAACUUGGGAGGUAUUGGCCUUGAAAAACUGUAUCGAGCCACCUUAAUUCUUCCUAUCCUACUCAGCGUCAUUCAUUAAUUGCUAAAUAAUUGAAUCGAACUGAUUUGUCCGGGCACUCAUUUUAUUUGCAACGCCGUAACGGCUUCUCAAAAUCCAUCAAUUUUAAUCUUUCAAAUACUCUCUGAGAGACCGAGACGCACUCAAUUCGUUUUUGGUUUGUAGCAGAGCUAAGAAAAAGAAUUUGAAAACAAAAAUAAACUAAAAUAACGAUUUUAGUAUCUGCCUACCAACAAAAAAUAAGGGAAAACUAAUUUUUUGUCGCGAAAUCGAGUGGACCGCUUUUAGGGAGACAGCCACUUAAAAAUUAAAAGAGAGUGAACAAACACCUGCAUGGCUAAUGACACAGAGUCGAAUACAACUAUUACUCUGACUGUUUAUUAGCCUGCGCCGCAGACGAAACUAAACUCUGGUUAGUCCGUCUGCGAAACAGCGCCGAAAUCCUUGUUCUGGGCCGUCACCUCUGUAAAUAGAUAUGAGUAUGGGCCAUGAUUGACCUGUUUAUAAAAUGCCAUUUAUCGAUUUGCCAAUCAAGAUGAAAGGAAAUUCGGAACGCUCCACUAAGGCUCCAGAACAAGGAUAUUGACGCUGCUUCGUAGGCGUUACUAACCGAGGUUUAAUUAAGUCUGCAACGCAGGCUACUUGUGUUUAUCAGAUUGUAACAAAUAUCACAACAGCAAGCGAAUUUUAUUUAACCUCGAGGCUGCAACCAUGAAAAUAAGGGCCAUUGUAAAGUAAAGGUGAAUAUUUCGGCUACUUGAAAAUAUUUUUUACAAGGCCAUACUGGAGAUAAAAAGAAAAAAAAAACUUUUCGUUUUUUUUAGUAGGACCACUGCGCUAAAGGAAUAUCUCACUGCUAUGUUUCCAUUUCUGCUCAGCCAACGUCAUCAUCAUCAUCAUCGUAUCCUCCUUAAAUCAUAAUCAUCACUACCUUUUAUCUUAGAUAAACGAGAUAACAGCCUACAUUGAUGCUUCACAAGUGUACGGUUCAGAUGAAGCUUUGGCAAAGAGGCUUCGAGACCAAAAAACAAAGCUGGGAUUGUUGGAUGUGAGACCUUACAUAAACUCCGAUGGCGAACCGAUUCUUCCGGAAGCUGAUGAGGAAGCUUUCUGCAGAUCAACAGAUACUGAAGCAAGUCCUUGCUUUCUUGCUGGCGAUAUUCGAGUGAACGAAAAUCACGGUAAUUGAUAAGUUUAUUUAUUUAUCUAAUUUUUAGUUAUAUUUAAUUAUUCAAGUUCAAAUGAAGAGAACAUUAGAGCCGACCAAAAACUUAUUAAUAACAAGAAAAAUUUAUAAACACAAACAUAAAGCUUAAACCUUGAAGUUAGUCAGGAUAGGGACAAAAAAUAUAUAUCUUACAGCUGAUAUAGGACUAAGCGAUCGUAUUUGGGGAGAAAAUGAGCCAAGUCUUACUUGCGCUUUUGAAGACCAAGAGUAAAAAGGCGCUGUCAUAGAAAUGUUAGUCACGCCAUAACAGAUAACAACAGAUACUGAAGCAAGUCCUUGCUUUCUUGCUGGCGAUAUUCGAGUGAACGAAAAUCACGGUAAUUGAUUGAUUGAUUGAUUGAUUGAUUGAUUGAUUGAUUGAUUGAUUCAUUCAUUCAUUCAUUCACAUUCAUUUAUUCAUUCACUCAUGCCACUCAUUGUCGACAAAUAUACAUUAUUAAUUGCCAAAAAACGCAAAAAAUCCACCAAAACAAAACACACAAACAAAAAAAAACAUGUAUACAGUUGCAUACCAACGGCGGGUAAAUGGAGGGAAGAGCCCGGAACGAAGAGAGCAAACAAUUUAAUAAACUGAUAAGACGAAUUUCAGUUAGAAGUGUUCUUGAAAUUUAAGUUUCAAAACUAUUUAAAAAGUAAUGUGUGCCCUUUUUGCUGUUGGUAAAUUAUAAAAAUAGAUUUGUAAAUUAAGCGUUUAUUCUGUAUUAAUUAUUGUAUUUUGUAACGCCAGUCAUCCACUAACACUUGUCUAUGACAGCUAGAAACUGUAUAUAAUUUCCAAUGCAUAUUACGACUUGCACUACAGUUACAAAAAAGGUCAAUGAAGAAAUCUCGUUGUAACAUCCACUUAAUUCAGUUCUUGGUAAUUCUCAAUUAUCUCUUUUUCUACAUAUAUAAUUGCCCUUUAUAAACUCGUUUUCAAGUUUGCAAAGGCCAAGAUUUACAGACUGAGAUGGUUUAACUGUAGUGAAUGUAGAAAAGGUAAUUAAGAGAUAAUUUUUCACUUCCACUUUUUUGGCAGCUUUGAUGGCCAUGCAUACCAUAUGGGUACGUGAGCACAAUCGUAUAGCAAAGUUUCUGCACUUGUUAAAUCCUCAUUGGGGCGACGAAAGGCUAUAUCAAGAGGCACGAAAAAUCGUUGGCGCGGAGAUUCAACAUAUCACCUACAAUGAGUGGCUUGCAGUUAUUUUCCCAAGUAAAGAACUGGUAAGACCUAGGAUGCAUGCACGCGGCGUAUGAAAGAGAUCGAGUGAAAGCAUUAAUUUGCAUAGCAUUACAUUAGUAAUUACGAUAAUGAAAUUGGUUCAAAACGUAACGUCAACUUUAAUACCCUCUACCAAGGAGGAGAACUUUGUCGGGAUAAACAAAGACAAAAGAUUUCGGAACAGGGACAACAAAAACCUCCCGUGGCAGUAACAAGCUAACUCUUAAAUUAUGCAGAGCCGGAUUCAGGAUGAAUAAAAAAAUUCUUUUCAAGUUACAGAGUAGAAUAAGUUCAGAGUAGAUUAGUGAAUACGUAAUUAAUAACCUGUAUAUAGCCAAUAACCAAUCACCAGUAAUCUGUUCACGCUCUGAUUUACUUCUGAGAAGAAAAUGCAAAUUGGUCCUUUACACUGUUUCUUGUUUCGGGAAUCUUUUUAAAAAGUUCCUACAUAGGAAACUAGACAAACCAUUUGUUUUCCAAUUGCAAGCGAAGACGACUUGCUACAAAUCGUUAGUUUUAUAAAAACCCGAUGCAGAUAAAUAAAGUUUUUAGAGAUAAAAAAAAAAGUGCGUGCAAGACAAUAAUUCUGAUGUCAAGUCUAUUUAGAAUCAGUGCAUUAUUUAUAGCUGUAGUUUUCUUUAAACAAGUUAGGUGAUUUUUUUUCUUUUUUUAUCCUUUUUUUUCUUUUCUAAUAGUAAGACCAAUUUUAUGUACAAAACUGUCUGAAACGUUUUAUAACUUAAGCUUAAGACGUAUUUUGAAUUGAAAAUCACACCGUUGUACAUGCGUUUUUUAAGAGCAUAGGAGCCCACCUUCGAAAUUUCAAAAUUUUGUGCUAUAAUUAUACCUCAGCCUUGCUUGUAGCCAGCCGUUGAGGAAAAACAACCGAAUAACUUUGACAUCAUUUGGGUCUAUAAUUCUGUUUCAGCGAAUGCAAGAAGGGAUUUUAUUGGAGCCUAAAGGGAAAUUCUUUAAGGGAUACAAUGUGUCAGUUGAUGCACAGUGUACCAACGCCUUCUCUACAGCUGCUCUUAGAAUGGGCCAUUCUCUUAUCCGCGAUACUUUCGUUCUUUUGGGUACCAACUUUGCCAGGUCACAAUUUGAUGAACCUAAUGAAUUGCAAGUAAAGGACUUCUUCAACCCCGAUCGAUUUUACCAGGCGGGAGACAACGCAUAUGGAGGAAUUCUCCUGGGGCUGUUUAGAGUUUUUGCUCGAAAUGUUGAUCGGUAAGUUGAUCAUAAGUAAUUGAUGAAGACUCAGGCAGUUGUGAGUGCGUUCAAAUGUUUGACAUUGGAAUUGAGGUUGUAGGUAAAUGUCACUUCAAGAUAAAAAAAAUGCCCAUUGACCUCCACUAGGUCAACAACUAGGGUGCGUACCAUUAACAUAAAUCACCUAAGUAGAAAUCUUGUGCAUUAACGUAAAACUAUAAAAUUUGACGUGGUGGAAGAACGAACGCUCGCUUAGGCAAAGUAUGUUCAAAUCAGUUCAGCAGCUGGAUGGAGUAAAAAAGAGAGGAAAAAUUGCGUCACGCCGAAUCACACACAGCCCAUAUUUUCUGAAGCUUCCCAAAACGGAGUGAAGAGAACCAUUUGAUUUUCCUACUGGAAUUUCCAGUACCCUAGAUUCCACCAGAGUCUAGUCGUGGAAUACCUCAUUCUUUACGUCUUGACUCGAGUCAAGCACGCUACACAUCGUGAUUGAUCACUUGUUAAGUCUUCUAUCAGUAGAAAUGAGGGAUUCCAGUGGAAUCUAUCCUUGUUGUCAGUCCAAAAGUGGAGAAUUUUGUACGAUUUAACGAAGUAUAAAAGCCAAGUUUUCUUCUAAGGCUGAAAGGUUGUUUUUCCCUUUGAUAGUAUUGAGAGAUGAAUUAAAAUAGCUGUUCCGAGUAUAAGAAAAUGCAAUUAAUAUAUAUUUUCACUUCCCUAAUGAUUUGAACACACUGAAAACAACACAGAAUAUAAAAUCUGCCAACUCUAACAGGCGCAACGCAGAAAUGGCAGGUAAUCCAAGCUAUUACUCUGUAUGAUCUUAAGUUACAAUAUUUAUAUACUGUGAUUUCUCUCUGAUGCCUUUUCUAGGAAAUUUGCUAAAGUACCGUGCCAAACUGAUAAAAAAACGUUGUUUCUUCCUGCCGCGUGUUCAUACGCAGGCUUGUCGCGUGUUAAGUUAAGGUUGCCUUCUCCUGACGUCAAACGCAUUGCAUUGCACAGUAAUUUCCAAGGAGUUAUAAUAACUCCUCUAGUGGGGUUAAUUUAACUCCUUACAGGGGGUUAUUUUUGGGGGAGUUAUUUCAACUCCAAAAAGGAGUUAAAAGAACUCUUUUUCAGGAGUAAAAAUGACCCCAGAUCUUGAGGAGUUAAAAUAAGCUCCAAAAAGGAGUUAUCCUGUACCUAAAAUUUUCAAUCCAAUUUCAGAGUUAAAGUAACUCCCGAAAGAGUAAAAACAACCCAUGUAAGGAGUGAAAAUAAUCCCAUUUUCGGAGUUAUUUUAACGCCAGACUAGGGGUAAAAAGAAAUGUUUUUCAGGAGUAAAAAUGACCCCAAAUUUGGUGUUAAAUUAGGAGUAAAAGUAACCCCAAAAAGGGGUUAUCCUGUACCUAAAAUGUUUACUUCAUUUUUGGAAUUAUAAUAACUCCUUAAAAAUUACUGUGACUAUAACAUUGGCAUUUUCUUUCUCGUUAAUACAAAUUAUUUUAUAGCUUUUUGAAAAAAGUUUCCUUGUUAAACCUCAAUCAUUUUUUACAAGUGUUUUCCUUCACCACAAAUGAUUUACAAUACGUAUAAUGAUAAUGGUAUGGUCAUGAUAAUGUUAAUGAUGGUAAUGGAUGGCAUGAUUUAACAUCAUUACCGUCGAAUCUCCACCAACGGCCACUUCCCUACAACGACCACCUCUCUACAACGGCCACUUUUUUGGAGGAUAAUCCUCACUUAUAUAUUUACUCUUGUUUAAAUCUCUCUACAAUGGGACUCCUCUACAAAGACCACUUUCUUCUGUCCCCAAGGUGGCCAUCGUGGAGAGGUUCAACCGUGUAUAUUGUGUUCUUGGAGUAUCGCAAAAGAAAAUUGUAGGGGCGGGGGAGUGAGUUAAUUCAACGUUCACACAAAUAAGAAAUGGCAACUCGGUAAUGAAAAACGGCGCAGCCGUAUAAGAACAUGCAAAUUGUGGUAUAUCCAUUUCUUUUGUUACAUGCAUACACUGUUUAUAGGUAGCCAUUGCGACUCCUGAAGGAGGAUCAUGAUGUUAUCCCUUUAUUAAAAUCUCUCCUUACAAAUAACCCACCCAGCCCAGGAAAGGUUGGCCACACCAUCCGGGUCGACGUCCCCUACUCUCUUCGUACAGUGGCGUGGGUUCUUUUUAAUUAGGUUCCUCAAGAACCAGAUAAAAAGUGAAAGUACUGUGUGACGGGACCUACAUUUUUCGUCCUUAUCCGAGAAGACUAGAAAGUCUAACCGUUAACAGAUAUCAUCACAAAUGAAGUGCUCUCUUUUCAGUUAUUUAAUAAAUUAAUAAAAGACCCUGAGGGUUGAUCCGGCCGGGGUUUCAAUCGCGACAUCUCGCUCAGCAGACUGGCGCUCUCUCAACUGAGCUAACCGGGCGGCUGUUUCUCCCCCAAAAUAACUGAAAUAUUCGUGAUCACUUUUUGUUUGCUUUUUAUCUUGGUUCAUUCUUUUUGCCAUGUCAUGAUUUUUUUUGUUUCUUUUUUUAGACGUUUCGAUCCAGCAAUAAGAGAACGGUUGAUAAUUGAAGGAGAACCGCCUAAUGGCAUUGUUGGUGAUCUAACAGCAAUAAACAUGAUACGCGGCAGAGAUCAUGGCUUACCAGGCUACGUCCAGUACCGAGAAGCUUGCGGGGGAAAUCCAGCCCUUAAUUUUGAAGAUAUCACUGAUACUAUUCCUAGAGCUCAAGUAGAUAGACUUAAAAGAUCUGGUGUUUACAAAGACGUGGCUGACAUUGAUCUUUUCGCGGGUGGCAUGAGUGAGUAUGCCCAGGCAGGAAGUGCUCUUGGUCCCACCUAUACAUGUCUUAUAGCCCGGCAAUUCAGAGCUUUCCGUGAUGGCGACCGCUUUUGGUAUGAGAGAGAUGAUCAUCAGACCGGGUUUACCAUCGAACAACUUGACCAAAUACGACACUCGACCCUUGCCAAAGUUAUCUGUGAUAAUGCCGAUGGUGUGCCUCGCGUUAAUCCAUGGGUUUUCCUACACAGAAACAUACAUGUGCCCGGCGUUGACAAUCGUGUAGUCGACUGCGGUGAUCUACCCUUUAUGGACUUGACUGUCUUUAAAGAAGGUGAGUAAUGCCAUCAUUUUAUCGUUUGCUGUAUAUGUGUCUUUAAGGGACUUGAACGAUGUAACAUAACCAGCGGCUGUUUAAUUGCCCAAUCUGCAGUGGGCGCCAGUGAGUCCAGGUUUGUUAGUGAUUAAUUUGCGCAAAGACAAGAAUGUAAAGUGACCAAAUGGUAGAUACUGGAUCCAAUUUCAACAUCCAUUACUUGCAGAUUUUUCUUUCUUUAAUAUUUUUUUUUUGUCAAUUAAUUGCAUCUUUAUACACACAGAUCAAAUUUUAUAUAACAUUUACCUCAGUUUUAAGCAAAGUGAAACGCAUUUAAUCGAUUCAAAAACGUAGAUAAAAAGAUUGCGGCUGUUUCCAGUUCCUCAUUUAACAAUUAAUGAUGUCAUAACAUGACAUCAGUGUACCAUUAAAGAUUAUCAUUGUGUUAGCCAACUUAUCAGACACCUAGUAAGUAUUAUUCGCUUUAUGCGUAUGUUUAGAGAAAAAAAUAAUUAUAUAAUUAUACAAUUUAAAUUUGGGAUCGCCUUUAGAAAAUAGAAAACUGCUUGGGGUUCGUGUUGUGCCCAAAGCAGUUAACUGAGACGUCCACUGCGGUUGAGAAAAGCAGCUGGCCUGACUAGGCAUCUAAUACUAGCUAAGCAAUAUGCUCAUUAAGACAAUAGUCUGUACACAUGCAUGGACCAAUGUAUUCAUGUCACAUAAAGAUCUGAACUAUCUCUCAGAUAUGUUAAACUUGGAGAUGGACAAACUGUCAAUCUGGUUUAAAGCAAACAAACUUUCUCUAAAUCUUAAAAAGACUAAAUUUAUGGUCUUUAAACCAAGACAAAAGUGUUCAAUUUGUAAUAUUCAAAUAAGUAUAGAUAAUAAACUGUUGUUGAAGUAAAGGAGACAAAUUGUCUAGGCCUAAUUUUGGAUGAAAACCUAAAUUGGAAGUCGGAAAUAUCACACGUUGCAAGUAAAGUUGCGAAGUCAAUCAGUAUAAUAUCUAGAUGCAGCUUCCUUCUUCCUAAAUCGUCUUUACGUAUGCUCUACUAUUCCUUAAUUUAUCCUUAUUUUUACUACUGCAAUAUCGUUUGGGCUUCGACCUAUAAAACCAAUCUCCGCCGCCUUGUUAUCCUGCAAAAGCGCAUUAUUAGAAUUAUUAAUAAAUCACAUUUCAAUGCUCAUACUGACCCCAUCUUUAAGGACCUCGGUAUACUAAAAUUUCAUGAACAGGGCCAAUUUAUGUAUUCUUGCAAAAAUUCAUUCUUACCUCCAAAGUUUAAUAACAAUUUCUCUCAAAGCAAUCAAUUCCACUCUUACAAUACAAGAAAUUCCCAGGCCUACCGUCUACCGUAUUGUCGUACAAACACGAAGAAGUUCUCGCGCUUUUUUCAAGGACCUAAGUUUUUUAAUUCACUUGACAACAAGGUCAUCAACUCUCAACCCUCUCUUCUUUUAAGAAAAACCUGAAGAUUAAAUUAUUGAGUAAGUAUGAAAACAGUUUAUAAAUCUUUCCAUCUUCGAUUUUUCACCUUCUUUUCUUCAAUUGAUGUGAAACAGCUCUAGCUCAUAGUUCGAGGAGGCCUAACCUCUCAUAAGCUCCUAUAGUUUCUGUUAGGUCUCCUCGCCACUUCUUUUUUUCUUCUUUUCCUAUAUUUUUUGUAAUUAUUGUGUGGCACAUAAAAUAAAAUAAAAUAAAAUAAAUAAAGGACGUUAAAAAAGGACUUGAGAAGUGGAAAUAUCUAAUGCAUAAUUAAACCUCUCUCAGGACCUCAGUAGCCUUUUUUUUUCGUGAAGGAAACCAAAAAUAUUUUACCUUUUAAGAAGGUAUCUUAUUUGUGGGUCAUUAGCCUUUCUAAUUUGUUUCUAUCUUCUCGUUUUUUACAGAACCUAUCGAGGAGUCCAAUGCUGGAGGAGAAGAAGGUGCUAUGUCCGUUGGUGCUUGA